GAGUGACUAGGAUCGGGCUGGGAACAGAGCGAAAACUCUGCUUGACGAGCGAGAUGAAUCUCCAGAUGUCAGCGAAGACACGACGAACGCUGUCGGGAUGAUCUUAUCUGCUCUCGGAAGUUACGGUUGAGUACAAGCGUUUCUUGUGGCAGGCGCCGAUGCUUUUUUUCUCCAUAAGAGAGUGAUCAACAUCCUUCUUUCCUCCUUGCUAUUUCUCUCUCAACUGUUAGUCUUUGUAUCUGGUUCCCUGGCUUUGUAUCCAGUCCGAUACUUCAUUUCUAUACUUUGAGAUAUCACUUGGAAGGCUACAACAUGUUCGGUGGGAGGUACUUUGGCCUUCGGGGUCAACGGCUUACACUUGCCGUCAAUAUCAUUGCUGGUCUUGAUUUCUUUCUCUUCGGCUAUGAUCAAGGUGUGAUGGGAGGCUUGCUCACUCUCGGGAGUUGGGUAAAGCAGUUCCCUGAAAUUAAUACCGUCGACAAUCCAGGCAACACUCACAUAUCUACAAUACAGGGCAUCUCCGUAGCAAGCUACAAUGUUGGCUGUUUCGUUGGUGCUAUCAUCACCAUAUUCAUCGGAGAUAUCCUUGGACGAAGAAAGAUGAUCUUCCUUGGUUCAUCUAUCAUGGUCGUUGGUGCUAUCCUUCAGUGCACAGCCUUUAGCCUAGCCCAUUUGAUCGUCGGAAGAAUCAUUACGGGCUUCGGGAAUGGGAUGAACACUUCCACCGUACCAACUUGGGCUUCCGAGACGUCCAAGUCUCAUAAACGAGGCAAGAUGGUCAUGAUUGAAGGGGCCAUGAUUACCGGUGGAAUUUGCCUGAGUUACUGGAUCGACUUCGCCUUCUCAUUUUUGGAGCCAAGCACGGUCUCCUGGCGAUUUCCGAUUGCUUUCCAGAUUGUCUUCGCACUUCUGUUGCUAGCUUUCAUCCUCGAGCUUCCGGAAUCCCCAAGAUGGCUCAUUUUGAAGGGCCAGGAGGAUGAGGCCAUGAUGGUCAUUGCUGCACUGGCUGAUCUUCCUCCUGAAGAUCGACUCGUAACCACAGAAUUCGUUGAGAUCAAGGACACGGUUAUCGAAAUGAAAGAGCACGGAUGGGCAGAUCUUUUUACCAUGGGCCCAGAGCGAAACUUCCACCGUGUUGUCCUUGGUUAUGUCAACCAAGUCUUCCAACAAAUCUCAGGUAUCAACCUUAUUACCUACUACGCUGCAACUAUUUAUCAGCAAUAUAUCGGAUUGGGUGGAACCACUGCUCGGGUCCUCGCUGCCGCAAACGGCACAGAGUAUUUUAUCGCCUCUUGGGUCGCUGUCUAUACAAUUGAAAAGUUCGGGCGACGGAGUCUUAUGCUGUUCGGCGCUGCUGGUAUGUCUGGUUCGAUGGCUAUCCUCGCCGGCAUGAACUACAUGUCACAGAACAACCUUGGUGGAUCCUCUCCUGGUAUUGUUUCCGCGGUAUUUUUGUUCGUAUUUAAUACGUUUUUCGCUGUCGGAUGGCUCGGCAUGACUUGGCUCUACCCCGCCGAAAUUGUUCCUCUUAAGAUCAGGGCUCCAGCCAACGGUCUAUCGACGUCGGCAAAUUGGGCUUUCAACUUUAUGGUCGUUAUGAUCACCCCCGUCUCCUUCUCGUCCAUUGGCUACAAGACCUAUGUUAUUUUCGCCGUCAUCAAUGCCGCCAUUUUCCCUGUUGUGUACUUCUUCUAUCCCGAGACAGCUUAUCGCUCUCUAGAAGAGAUUGACAACAUCUUCAGAAAAACCACCAAAGGCUUCAGGGGAUGGUUCGACGUCGUGCGUACCGCCAAGAACGAGCCUCUUAGAUACGGAAAGCAUGGAGAGUUGCUCAUUGAUUACGAGCAUACCGAACACGUCAGAAGACAGAGCUUGGCAACUGCUGGGAAGGCUGAAAAUAGGGGCGUUGAGGAUAUCAGUGGAGAGAGUUCAAUGAACGAAAAGAGAGCAGAGAAUGUGUAGAUGGACAGUGAGGAUGGCGAAGGACAAAGAGAAGGAGAAAACACUAAUGGAUACCCACUAUGAUAUUAUAUAAAUUGAACUUUCAGCCUCUUGA